CCCUUUUUCAUCUUUAUAUUAAUACUUGUCACUCUUGUCGUCAAUGUCAAUUUCCCUCUAACAAUUUUCUCUGUUCUGGUUGAGUAAAGCUACAUCCAUUAGAUACACAUAUAGAUAUAGUUUCUAUAAACAUUGAACUUUCUGAAGAAAAUCAAAGAAAAUGGAGAACAACAACAACAACAAUCAACAAUCGUUUUGGCAAUUCAGUGAUCAACUUCGUGUUCACUCGUCAAAUCUUGCAAACUUAUCGUUAAACGAUUCAAUUUGGGGAAACAAUUACUCAUGCAACAAAAAUGAAAGGAGAAAUUUUGAUAUCAAAGUUGGUGGUGAAAUCAACAACAACAACAGCAGCAGUGAUGGUUGGAAACAGAUGAACAACAACAACAACAUGGUUGGUGUUGUUGAUGUUGGGAUUAACGGCGGUUUCAACAAAGGAGUUUAUCCAAAUUCAAACCCUUCUUCUUAUGGUAAUUUUAAUAGUCACAACAACUUGAAUAUCAAUUUCAAGGGACUUAAGUUUGGUGGUGCUAAGGUUGAAAAUGAGAAUUUUCAUCUGGCUAAAUCUUCUAAGAAGAACACAAACCUUAACAAAAAACAUGGAGACAACAACAAUAGUAACAGUGAAGGGAACAAGAAUAAGGAUGUUAAAGCUGCUUCUGACAAGAGAUUCAAAACGUUGCCACCGACGGAGUCUUUACCUAGGAAUGAAACCAUUGGUGGGUAUAUCUUUGUUUGUAACAAUGAUACCAUGGCUGAGAAUCUCAAAAGACAACUAUUUGGUUUGCCUCCCAGAUACAGAGAUUCAGUUAGGGCCAUUACUCCUGGGUUGCCCCUUUUUCUUUACAACUAUACAACUCACCAACUUCAUGGAGUCUUUGAGGCUGCAAGUUUUGGAGGAACAAACAUUGAUCCAACUGCUUGGGAGGACAAGAAGUGCGCCGGAGAAUCUCGUUUCCCUGCUCAGGUAAGAGUGAUUACUAGGAAAACAUGUGAGCCACUUGAAGAGGAUUCUUUCAGGCCAAUUCUUCACCACUAUGAUGGUCCUAAGUUUCGUCUUGAGCUGAAUGUGCCUGAGGCGUUGUCUCUGCUGGAUAUUUUUGAAGAACAAGAUACUUCCAACAGCUCUUUGAAGGUUGUGCAGGCAUAAAAGGGACACAAUUUACAAAGAAUAAAGAAAAAUAAGUCAUAAUUAGAGAUUUGGGUUUGGGUUUGUGUUUUAUAGCUAUAUAUAUAUGAUGGACUUACAAAUAGAGUCCUAAGAUAUAUAAAAGACAAAGUGAGUGUUUUUAGUCGAGGGUUCUUGGAUGAAUAUUGAAGCUUAAAUAUUGUGUUCUAAUGUUUUUGUAUAGAGGCUGCUACUGCUAUACAUGGUGUUCCAAUUUUCUUAUGUUUGGUAUAAAACUAUCUAUUAUAUUUAAUGAGAAUAUAAUAUUUAUUAAUAUUGAA